AUGUCCACCAAGGGAAGCAGCGGGGCGAAGUCAGGCACACAGAAAGAUAUCUCGCUCGCGUAUGUCCUGGCUGGAGGAAUACUAGGCUGGCUGUUAGGACAGGGUGUAUGGCCUGGGUCCGUGAUAAGUCCCCUAGCUACAAGCAUCCCAUACUUCGAUGGCUUGACCGGCUCCCUGCUGGCCAAAUACAACGUGCCGUGGGGCUUGAACCCCUCACCACGCAUUAGCAGCGCAGCCAAUGCUCUUCCAUCAAAUGUCUGCGAUGUGUCACCGGCCACUCUGGCAGUUAUAUCAGAGCCCUUCGAGAGGGAUGCGCUGCAGCCCCUGCGAACCACAAAGGUGGCGCCGAAUUGGCAGGAGCUCCAAGCCACCAGCGCUGGAGGAAAGCUGAAAGACUGCGUCUUUGCUGCGCACGACAGCGCAUUCCAUGGCCUGAUAGGACCCGACCCCACAGUCAAGCUACUAGCACAGAAGGACUACACCUUUGCCCACGAGGGUCCGGUAUGGCUGCCAGCCAUUGGGAAGCUCUUCUUCGUGUCCAACCGCCUGGGAGACACAGGGGGGACAGACCAGUAUGCGGAGCUGUGGCUGCUUGACCCUGAGACCCUGGAGACGUCCCAAGUGCGGCCCAGAGUGCCCAUCAUCAUGGGGAAUGGCGCCACCAACUGGUCACCCAGCGAGGUUCUCAUCACGUCACAGGGCGGCAACAACACAGGCGGGGCUCUCUUUGUCUUGGAUGUUGUGAGCGGAGCUGCGCGGAAGCUGCUGGACAACUUCCAGGGUCUGCAGUUCAACAGCCCCAACGAUGUGGUGGUCUCUCGCGACGGCGUUAUCUACUUUACGGACCCCUCCUACGGCCUGCAGCAGAAGUUCCGGACCAUGACGCAAGUGGGCGACUAUGUGUGGCGCUUCAAUGCUCGCACCGGGGACACCGCAAUCGUGGACGAGAAAUUCCUGCAGCCCAAUGGAGUGGUGCUGUCCCCGGACGGCAGGGUCGCGUACAUCACUGACACCGGCUGCAAGCAUGCGAAUACAUCUGAUGGCGGCCAGUGCACCGCCCCCAACACACCCCGCUCCAUCUAUGCCUUUGACAUUCUCAAGAGCAGGGAUGGGGCGAGCUUGCUGGCCAACAAGCGCCUGUUUGCGGUACCGGAUGUGGGCGCGCCGGACGGCAUCAAGGUGGACCUGCAGGGCAACGUAUGGACCGGCGUUGGCGACGGCGUCGCUGUCUUCAGCCCCAGCGGGAAGCUGCUGGGCAAGAUUCUGGUCGGGGAGGUGUCCAACAUUGUGUUUGCCGGUGAUGUGCUGGUCAUGAUGAAGGAGACUGAGGUGCUGGCCGUGAAGCUGGCGGCAAGGGGCGUUGUCCUGCCAGGCAUGCUGGCUCCAGCAAUUGCUUAA